GCUGUGACAUCACGACGGAAGCGUCCAAUGACAGCGCUCGGAUCAUGGCAGCGUGUGGAAUGCCACGUGGAAGGGACGAAUGAGGAGGAAGGACAGCCAUGAUGGUCAGGGGUGGGGCGGGAGGACGGGGGGGCGGGCAGUGAGACAGGCGGGAGGUGAGACGGGCGGCGGCGUGUCCCCGCUGCCUGUCUUCCUGUUCCCCUCAGAGCUGCUGUUCUACUCUGAGCAGAGAGACGCCCACCGCAGAGUCCUCACCCUCUACAACCCCUACAGCUACACCAUCACAUACAGGGUGCUGUGUACAGCUCCGUCUCUCUACAGGGUGUGUGAGGCCGAGGGAAGCGUCGCAGCCAAAUCCUGCAUCGACGUGGUGGUGCGUCACCUGGACGUCAGCCCUCGUAACCUGGGCCGCAGAGACCGGUUCCGCCUGGAGGUGAGAGGAGGAGGUCAUGUGGGAGGACGGGAGAUCUGGGCGGAGCUGAGAGGAGGAGAGGAAGAGGGAGGAGGAGCAGGAGGAGAGGAGGUGGAGGAGGAGGAGAGGAAGGAGAAGAAGAGGAGGAAACGAGGAGGAGAAGAGAGGCGAGGAGGAGGAGGGGGCCAACAGCAGAGGGCGCUGUCUGCUCUGUCUCCUCUGCUAGUGCCCACACACACACACCUGCAGCUAAACACAGCUGUGCGCAGUGUGUCUCAGUGGGUGGUGUGUGUGCUGGUGGCGGUGCUGUGUGUCACAGUGUUGAUGCUCCCCCUGCACAAUGACAGCAGCUCUGUGGUUCCUCGCUGCCUCCACGUCUCCACCAAUCAGAAGCUGGCCAGCGCCUACACACUGGGUCUUGUCACCAUGGUGUUUCUACGGUAACGUCGGUGACAUCAUCAGAACUUUAUUGGCUCUCAGGACGAAUGUAAACAAGCUUUCUGUUCAUCUGCUUCUGACUGUAAACUCAUUUCUUUGUUGUGAGAAUGUUCCGGAACGGACCUCAGACCGGACCGGACCGGACCGGACCGGCGCCGCCACCUGCUGCUGCAGCUGCUGAGUGUGGCGCCCCCCAGAGGAUCAGAGAACCUCUGAUUC